AUGAUGAAGGGGAUGUUUGUUGUUUUUGAAGGGCUAGAUAGGUCUGGAAAAACAACGAUGGUUAAUGCAUUGCAUGAAAGGAUGUCGAAAAGUGUAGCAGUUAGGAAGAUUGGGUUUCCGAACAGAUCCACAGCGCUUGGGAGGGUGAUUGAUGGAUACCUAAGAAGGCAAAUCAAGCUUGAGGAUGAGACAAUACACUUGGUAUUCAGUGCAGACAGGUAUGAACACAAGCAAAUGAUUGAGGAGUUGAGAAAAGAUAGUGUGGUUUUGUGUGACAGAUAUGCCAUGAGCGGUGUAGUCUAUUCAGCAGCCAAAGGAUUGGACCUUGGGUGGUGCGAAAUGACUGAGGAGCUGCUUCCAAAGCCCGAUGUGACGGUUUUCAUAGAUGUACCAACUGAUGAGCUGUGCAAACGAAAAGGCUUUGGAGAGGAAGUUUAUGAUAACAUGGAGUUCCAGAACAAGGUUUAUUCGCUUUAUGCAUUCCUACUUAAAAAAGAAAAAAACGUUUUGAUUAUUGAUGGAACAUGUGCCGUUGAAGAUAACAUAGAGAAAAUAGUGCACGCAAUAAUGGUAAAUAAAUAA